AUGUACUUGAUUUCUGUUCCAGACCUCCCUUCUGUUUUUAAUGUUUUCGUUCAAACCCCACUAGGUUCCACAUAUAAAGCACAUGUGACAUUGGACACUACCUCGGAGUUACUGCUGAAGUCCCUUAAAGCACUUCUUAAAUACGAUAAAUAUAACUAUAAUCUUAUAUAUGAACAACAACAACAGGGCAUACAAUAUAAUGAUACUGAUAGCUUUAAAAAAUUAGGAGUACGGGAAGGAAGCUUUUUUAAAGCAGAAUUGAUUCCAUUUAAAAUUUACGUGGAAACACAAACUGGAAAAACCAUGGAACUUGAUGUAACUGAGAGGCAAAGAGUUAUUAAUGUUAAAGAAAAAAUCAGAGAGUCUGAGGGUAUUUCUAUUUAUGAACAGCGUCUAAUUUUUAAUGGAAACCAAUUGAAUAAUGCUACCCUCUUGGAAGAUUGUAAUAUCCAAAAAGGGUCAAAAUUAUACCUACAAAAUCCAAUCAAAAUUUAUGUGGAAACCCAAACUGGAAAAAUUAUAGAAUUUAAUAUAACUGAGAGAGAUGCAAUCUUAAAUGUUAAAAAAAAGAUUAAAGUUUCUGAGGGUAUUUCUAUUCAUCAACAGAAUCUAACUUUUAAUGGAGAACGAUUGAGUAAUGAUCGCUUCUUGGAAGAUUGUAAUAUUCAAAAUGGGUCAAAAUUAUACCUUCAAGUAACUUCGAGUAGUUUUAUUUAUGUAAAAACACUAACUGGAAAAGUCCUUGAAGUGUUUGUAGAUAGGCCCGAUACCAUUGAUAUAGUUAAACAAAAGAUACAAGAUAUGGAAGGAAUUCCUCCUGAUCAACAGCGUCUUAUUUUUGCUGGCAAGCAAUUGGAAGAUGGGAAGACCUUGUCAAAUUACGAUAUUCAAGAAGCAUCCACAUUGCAUCUUGUACUUAGAUUACGUGGAGGAAUGCUUCAAGAAACCAGCGGGUAUAUAAAUUUCAGUGCAUUGCCACCGCUUAUGCAAUACUUGCAAGCUCCUGAAAGACAUGUAGAAGGUAAAAACCAUGCUGGUAUUGCUUGUAAUUAUUGUGGUAAAAAAGAAUGGAAAGGAGCAAGAUAUAAUUGUUCAGAAUGCCUUGAUUAUGAUUUGUGCUAUGAGUGUAUCAAAAUGGCCAACUUGGUUCAUGACGCGCAACAUAGCUAUUUGGAAUUAUUGAAUCCAGUAGAUCAAAAUAAAUUUCCAAAAGAUGUCUCUGUUAAUCCUGUUAUCGUCUUCCCAAUACUUCCAACAAAAAAGGAAGAGAUGUUGGGCUUGCUACGUGAGGAGGAAAGGAGAAGACUGUCACCAGAAAUACAACAACAGUAUCACAAGGUUGGAAGUGAUCCCACAUCUGGCAAGGACUGGAUGGAUGUCACUGAUCAAAUGCAACAUGAAUUGGUUAGAGAUUUUGGCUACUCAGAUGAAGCUGUACAGUUAUUACGACGUGCUCCACAACUUUAUCAGGAUGAUCCUGCAUUUCGUACAACUCAAUUAUAUGUUCGCAACAAUAUUGCUUCUAUUGGAGACCUCAAAGAAGGAAUGCUAGCACCUGAUUGUCCACUAGUUCCUCUAAGAAGUAUGAAUGUUAACUCAUCAAACUUAGUUCAAUUGUGUUCACUUUAUAGACCAGGACGACCUUUUGUUCUCCUUGGUGGAUCACAUACUUGUCCUUUAUAUAGAUACAUAUCUCACGUACUCAAUGACAUUCACGAGAAAUAUCAAAGACAUGUAGACUUUUACAUGAUUCAAAUUCGUGAAGCACAUGCCAGUGAUGUUUGGCCUAUUGGUAAUAUUGUAGAUGUCAAGGAGCAUCGUACAUUAGAAGAACGAUUAACAGCUGCACGUGAAAUGGUUAGGGCUACUGAUCUUCAGAUUCCUGUGCUGGCCGAUACAAUGGAUAAUAAUUUUUUGAAGUUAUACUCACCUUGGCCGUUCCGAUUUUUUGUAAUUGUAGAUGGUAUUUUGAAACUCGUUGGGAUGCCAAAGGAAGCACGUUAUGAUACAACAGACCUAGUCAAUUGCUUGGAUGCUCUUUUGGAUGGUAGUAAGAAGUAA